UUCCUGUCGGACAAGUACGGAUUGGAGACGGAACUGAAUACGGAAUUAGGAGAUAUGCAGAAAAACAAAAGUGGGAAUGCUGCUAGUGCUACGGGGCCGGGAAGAUCCAGGCAACUGUUGCGGCCACCUCAAAGGGAGUUCAUGUUCCUGUCCAAAGAGGCGAUUGAGAACAAAAGGCAGUUGUGUGAGUUUCUCUGCAAUACGAUAUUCGACGAGCACAACAAGGCGAGCGACAAAAACCCGCAAGUGGUGCGCUACGAGAAAGCAGCACGGUUGUUCAUGGAAUACGCGGACCGGGUUGGAUUGGUUAAAGAUUCGCCAAAGCCAAUGGGAGGUACUAUGAGCCCCUAUAAUCUCCUGCAAACACCGGAGAACCAACGGGAUCAAGCCUUGUUGGCGGCUGCGCAGAGUCAUGCGAGACGAGCUAUGGCGAAUAGGGAUACGAGGAAACUGCAGG